AUGGAAGCUCUGUUGUGCAAGAGAUUGGGUGAUCCAACAUCCUCAUUUGAGUCGCCUAUUGAGUUAAGCAGGAACCAUCCAAUCCCCGAGUUGGACUCACCCACAGCAGUGAGAAUCAAAGUUAAGGCCACCAGCUUGAACUACGGUACUUACCUUCAGAUACAAGGCAAGUACCAGGAGAAGCAUCCCUUGCCUUUCAUCCCAGGCUCUGAUUAUGCCGGCAUUGUUAAUGCUGUUGGCCCUUCCGUCAGCAAGUUCAAGGUUGGAGACUACGUCUGUGCCUUUUCCCCUGUAGGCUCCUAUGCCACCUUCAUCGUCCAAGACCAAUCCCAACUGUUUGAAGUGCCGAAAGGGUGUGAUCUGGUGGCUGCUGCUGGACUCCCUAUUGCCUUUGUGACCUCGCAUUUAACUCUUGUUCAUAGGGCUAACUUGACAUCUUCUCAGGUAUUGCUGGUUCUUGGUGCUGCAGGAGGCGUUGGCCUUGCUGCUGUUCAAAUUGGCAAGAUUUGCGGUGCAGUUGUCAUUGCUGUUGCCAGGGGAGCUGAGAAGGUGCAGUUGUUAAAGUCCUUGGGUGUUGAUCAUGUGGUAGACUUGAUGAAUCAAAAUGUAACCGCAAGUGUAAAGGAGUUCCUCAAGUCAAGGAACCUCAAAGGGGUUGACGUUCUCUAUGAUCCUGUUGGUGGCAACCUUGCUAAAGAAACUAUGAAGCUCUUGAAUUGGGGUGCUCAGAUUCUUGUCAUUGGAUUCGCCAGUGGUGAAAUUCCUAUCAUCCCAACUAAUAUCAUUCUUGUUAAGAAUUGGACAGUCCAUGGGUUCUAUUGGGGUAGCUAUAUAAUACAUCAACCGGCUAUGCUUGAGGAUUCGGUCCGGGAGUUAUUCUCCUGGAUGGAAAAGGGCUUGAUUACCGUUCACGUUUCUCAUACUUACAGUCUAUCAGAGGCCAACCUUGCAUUCUCAGCAAUCAAAGAUAGAAAAGCAAUGGGAAAAGUUAUGAUUGUAUUUGAUGAUAUGGGAAAUGCAAGUUCUAAGCUUUAAGUGAUUUACAUACUCAACCAUCAAUGAUUGUAUUAAGCUUAGAAAUCCCAGUAAGAAAGAUUUAUGCAAGCUUAUUUUAA